CUCCUCUACCUCCUGAAAGCUUCCCCCCCCAAAGCCACUGAAACUUCCCCCUUGAGAACUGGUAAAGAGCUUGAGUUUUCCCUUUCCUUUCUUGAUGGAGAACCAGAUUUAAACCCAGAAAUUUCUUCCCAGCCAUACACGUUUCUGCUCUGCUCUUCUUCUUUGUGCAGCCCGACAAGCCCCCCCUAAGCCACCGACUUCCUCUUCCUUUGAAAACCGGAAAAAGGGGCUUGAAAUUCUCCUUCUUUCUUGUUCAAUAACAAGAUUUAGGACUUAGAAAGCUCUCCUAAACCCAGAAAUUCCAGAUCUACGCCGUCUUCUUCCCCUCUGUCCGCCGGCCUCUGCUGUGUGGGGUUGAGUUCGGUUUUCUGGUAAGAUUCAGCCAUGAAUCCCUCUCUUUAACCUUGAAUUAGGUUGGGUUUACUCUAAUUUCCUCUUGUUCCCUCAAUUUUGGUAGCUCCCGUGACAUCCUUCCCCUUUCUCGAUUUCUGCCAAGCUCGCCAGACCCGGCUUCUAUUGCUGGAAAGAUUCUGGUUCCUUAUCGUUCUGUCAAUUUGGCACUGAGAUUGAGCCUUUGGUUUUAAGCGAAUGAGGUAAGUAAAUUUAUGGUAAUACCCGUACAGUUUUUAAAAAAAACAUGUUUGACUUGUUUUUGAAGUGGUGGCGGGACUAAACCCGUUUUAUACAAAAAUAAGCAUGAUUGAUUUGAAAUAAGAUUAUUAUUCUUUUAUUGAUUUGAGCAUGCCUGCUUGGAGUUUAUUUAACUGCCUUAAUGAUCUGAAAAUUAUCUGUAAAGAAUGAUUUUCUAUUAAAUUCAACAUGUUUUGUCUUCGAUAUGGUCAUGUUAUUUUGUUGCCCGCUAGUGGGAGGUUUAUAAACGCUAGCACAUGUCGACAUGUAUUUCUGUAGAGUCGGUUCCAUCCUGCCAGUGGGAGUUGUUAAACAUUGGUAUUUCUGUAAUCCUGCUAGUGGGAUUUUACACUAGUAAUUUCUGUAGCCUGCUAGUGGGAGGUUUAUAACACUAGCCAUGACCUAUAGAAGAGACGUCUAUUUUGUUCACGUACUGUAUCCGAUUUUCUUGAUUACACUUGUUGGCAUGCUAUAAGUUUAAUAAGAGCACUCCAUAUUUUACUUACUGAGUUUAUCUCAUAGUUUUCCCUUGUCCGCCAUUUCAGGUAAUAUGACCCGAGACACGAGAAUCAAGGGGAGUGACGAGCUAAUUGGCGAGCUAUUGCAUUUGGAUAUAGAUUUUGAGUUUAGAUUGUCCUUGUAAGUUAGAUUCAUUAUUUUGAGUUUAAGUCAUGUUGGACAUAGAUUUAUGGAAUAUAUUAUCAUUUUUGGAAGAUAGAUUGUACCUUGAAUUUUAUGGUAUUAAAACAGAUUUUGCGAG